AUGGAAGCACAGGAGAACAAUGGCCAGACUAUCAGUGCAGCUCACGCAGUGGUCUCACGUGUCACAUUAGAUGAGAUUGCACUCUACGACCGACAAAUUCGUCUUUGGGGAGUCAAGGCCCAAGAAAAAUUGAGAUCAGCCAAUAUCCUUCUUAUUACGUUCAAGGCAUUGGCGAACGAGAUCGCGAAGAACCUGGUGCUGGCAGGAAUUGGGUCGUUGACCAUUCUGGACCAUGAGGUCGUCACAGAGAUGGACUUGGGAGCCCAAUUCUUCGUGUCCCAGGAACAUGUGGGCCAAAAUCGAGCUCAAGCUGCAGCACCUCAAGUCCGCAGCAUGAACCCCAGAGUCCGGGUUAACGUUGAUACCGACAAUGUUCGCACGAAACUUCCGGAAUUCUUUGCGGGGUUUGACAUCACAAUAGCCACGGAUCUGGAUUUUCCCACCUGCACGACCAUCAAUGCUGCCUGUCGCAUUUCUAACCGACCUUUUUAUGCUGCCGGUCUGCAUGGAUUCUAUGGGUACGUAUUCGCAGACCUGAUCUCCCAUGACUUCGUGAUCGAGCGGGAGAAGUCGAAUGUCGCAUCCCCGCCGCAGGAGACGCCCACGCGAACCAUCUUGAACAUCACUACGAAAAGGGAAAACGACAAGAUCAUUGAAAUGGUGACCAAACGGGAGGUGUACACUCCUCUGCUCCUCGCAAAUACCUCUCCACUCCCCGAAGACUUCACCCGCAUCCCGCGAAGACGGAAGCAGGUGACGCCCCUUCUCACCUGCCUUCGAGCACUUUGGGAGUUCCAAAAGCUGUCCGGCGGGAAGGUGCCGACCUUUUCGCGUCCGGACCUGGAACUCUUCACGAAGCUGGCUAGCGAGCGCCACCGGGAGCUGCAACUCGAUCUCAGCACACUCGACGCAGAAUUCCUGCGCAGCUUCCUCCAGAACCUGGGCUGCGAGCUGAGCCCCGUGGCCGCGUUCCUGGGCGGCAGCCUGGCGCAAGACGUCAUCAACGUCCUGAGCGCGCGGGAACAGCCGCUGCAGAACAUUCUGCUCUUCGACGGAGAGAGGAACGUCGCACCGAUCUAUCCGCUGCACCCGAUCUUCCCGCCCAAUAUCGAGAGUCUGGCCGCGUCUUCAACAACAACAAUGCCAAUCUCCAACCUUGCUGUUAAUUCGACUCCUACGGGCGAAGUAGCUGCCCCGGCGCCUUGA